AAAUCUAUUGCAUACUUCUUUAUUUGUGGAAAAUUCUUCACUGAAAUUCCACACUGUGCAAACCUCAUCACAUGCAGAGUAGGCCAAGGUCCGUUGACCAUGACAGUGCAGAAACACAUAAUUUUACCAAAAAGUAUUUUUUCCACCACAUGUGAAGAUCACAACAAUCAUGCCACAGCUUGAGCUUGUCAGCACUGUUGUUUUGUUAAAAUAACAUUUAUAUCCAGAACUGACAGAAGGAAAUGUCACUUACAAGAAGUCACAUGCUGAUCCAUUUUCAGCACGACACUUCCUUUAUUUGGUUAGAACAGAAAACAGUACUAACAUGUAUGGGAAGAGUGAAGUGUCUGAACUUUAUUCUCUUCCAGUGUUGACAUCUGAAACAGCCUUUAUAUACAGUACAUUAUAUAACUCACACAAGUACACUCAGCCAACAUGUUAUCAGCAUAAUUCUGCUGACGACACCAGUGUCUGUAUAUUCAAGAUAACAUUUGCUCUUCCACAUACUUUUCAUUAGAAACAGCCAACAGACAAGAUUCAUGUACAGAGCUAUCGCAAUCGGACCAAAAAGAAACAAAGCAGGACUAGGGGAUUACCAGUCAGGCCAACUGAAAGUAUAAAUAAGGCGUCACCCAUGAAGCCAUGAAACUCACCCUUCAAAAUAAAAGCUCACGACUGCUUUUCUUUUAAUCAUAACUGUAACUUGGCAUCUACAGUUGUGAUACUUUGAUUAUUAAUGAAAGCUUAGCAAUUAGUGGCACUUAAAAUGUAAAUGAAUAUUGACAUGUAAAUACUCUGAGUUGGGACAUACCAACUCAUGCUUUAUGCUUUUUAUAGAAUGAAGUUGGAGUUUUAAUUUUUCUUACCUACUAUAUGUUCUUACAUUGUGCAGAUACAUAUCAAAUAAUGACUUUGUAUUUUGUGUUAUUCAGAUAUAUAACACUGCCAAAGCACUUUUACUUUACUGUAAAAUAUGUAAUUAAUUAGUUCCAAUACAACCAAAAUACUACUUGACUAGUGUCACCUGCAAAUGUGAGAUAGAAUUGUAUUUAUUUUUCAGUUUCCCUGGCACUUGACUAAUCACUCAGUGGGUGGGAGUUUACAGAUGGUGUCCUCCUUUUGGAUUCUUCUCUCAGUGAGAUGACGUCUUCAGUCCAUGAAAACUGUGAUCCAGCAGUAUAAAAUGAUGUUUGGAAGAAAACCUUUGACAGCUGCACCAUUGCUGAUUCUUGUGAUGAAUAUCUUCAGAGGACAUGCACUACCAUGUCAUCCAUCAGAGUAUCAGAGAGGGAAUGAAUGCUGUCCUAAGUGUCUUCAUGGAAGUCGAGUUAAAACAGAUUGCACAGAGUUCAGGAAUACUUCCUGUCUGUCCUGCACUGAGGGAACCUUCAUGAAUCAGCCUACAGGACGGACACAAUGUUUGUCCUGUACAAUCUGUGAUGCAGGUUCUGGUUUGAAGAUAAAGACGUCAUGUACAAUAACAUCAGAUACAGUUUGUGAACCACUGGAGGGAUUCUACUGUUUGCACUCUACAGAGGACGGCUGUGUAUCAGCACAGAGACACACACUCUGUCAACCAGGACAAUACAUCAGACAGAAAGGAACAGCAUUAACAGACACUGAGUGCUCUGACUGCAGUGCUGGAACAUAUUCAGAUGGAACAUUUCCAUCCUGUCGGCCACACACACAAUGUGAAUCAAUGAAUCUUCAGCUGAUAAAAGCAGGAACUGUUUCAACUGAUGCUCAAUGUGGAGAACAAAGUUCAAACCCAACAGGGAUUGUGGUCGGUGUUGUUUUGGUGGUUUUGCUUUUUACAUUCAUUGGAGGAGCUGCAUUUGUAUUGUGGAAGAAAGGAUGUCUAAACAUAAGUUGUAUUACAAAAAGAAGAAAAAAUGUAGAGAAUCCCAAUCCGGUAGAAGAAACAUCAGUAAUGGUUUCAGACAGAUGUCCACAGCAGCAGGUCACUGGACCCUCAUUCAGAACAGAAAUGGAGACACACUCUGUCCCCCUCCACCUGGCUCAGAGCUGAGCAACAGGUUUACUGUCCUGGAGGAACUCUGUAUCUUCAUCUCCUCACCUCCAGAACUCUCUCCUAACCGUCUGCCAGGGAUGUUGCUGCGGAACUGGUUAACCAGGGAGGAUCCAGUACUUCCUCGCCCCUGUUCCAGAUGUUCACCGAACGAGAACUCCAGGGAACACGUUCCUGCUUCUCAGCUGCCUUCUGCUUCUACCUUGAUAGUAACGGACUCCAUCGUCUCAGACGUUAAGAAGAGAUUGGCCAAAACCGUUUGGUUCCCAGGUGCAAAGGGUCGAUUUCUAACAGAUAAACUCAUGACUAUUCUAAACAGUGAUCCCCAUGCAGAAGCUGUAGUUAUCCAUGUCGGUAGAAACAACAUUCCCCUUCAGCAGUCGGAGCUACUAAAGCAGGUUAAUCAUUCCAGCACGUGUGUUCUAAUCUCUGAUCCGCUCCCCGCAAUCAAACGAGGCAUGGGACGACUUCAUCGAUUGCUGAGUUUAAAUACUUUAAUUCAAUCAAAAAACCUGGUGGACAAUUUGAAUCUCUUCUGGACACACCAAGAUUUUUUAAAAAUGGAUGGUAUCCAUCCCAUUUUUUUGGGGUCACUCAUGUUGACUGACAAAUAUAAAAGGUUCGAAUUACUGCUUUGUGAGACUGAACAAUCCACUCCAGUACUUCGUCAACUUUUAUACAGAGCCCCAAAAUUUAACAAGGUUUUUAUGAAAGAAUUGUCUGACUUUUUGUCCCUGAUUAACAAUGUCAGUUUAUGUGAUCAUAGGCCCAUUAUGUUCUCAAUGUUACUUCCCCCCCAGACCCUCUAUUUCCUCUCUGAGUACCAGGCAGGCCUCAAAUUCCUUUUCCUCUGCUCUCAUUAAAGCCCAAGAAUUGGUUAUAAUAUUUAAUUACACUUUGACAAAUAUUCUUGAAUUAAUUGCCCCUUACACAGUUAGAAAAACAAAACUCAAAGCUCAUCCCUCGAUUAGCUCCGUAACUUAGCACUUGCAGGAAUGCAGGAGAACAGAGCAAAUAUGGGAAAAAGUGUCCAAGUGUCUUACCCAGAAUCAGAGAUACUGUUUGGCUAAAUACAUUUCUAAUAUCAUCUUCAAACAUGCCCAUAGACCCAAAGUUCUAUUUAAUACAAUAGGUUCAGUAUUCAACUCUGCAGUCAUAAUUGUACUGAAGACACUGAAUACCUGUGAUAGGUAAGAUUCUUUAUUAGCAAAAUGUGAGAUCUCACGGCCCUCCUAUGAUCCGUUUAGAUCCUCAAUUCAAAUUUCUAUCUCCUCAUAUUAUCUCACAUGUGAACUCUAGUGCAUGCCCCUUAAACAUUAUUCCCUCAUGUCUACUUAGAGGUGCUGGACACUGUUGGGUCUAGUAUUUUAUCAAUAAUUAAUAGCUCUCUGGUCGAUGCCUAUGCCCCAGCUUGCUCUAAACGCCAAUCACCCUCUGCUCAAAUAAUCAGUGGGAGAACUGUAUGGAUACAGAGGAAUGUUUAAUACGAUGACAUGGUCAGUUGACCUGGGAGGACCUCAUUGUCCUUCAGACUCAGGUGAGCAGACUGGAGGUCAUGAUAAUAUGUUGACCUUGUUCCUGAGAUUGACCAAUACAGUAAUACAUUUUUCCACACUCAACUAUUCCUGUUGUAAUUACUGACCUAUCUCAUUUCCCCCUUUUUAAAAAAAAAAAAAAAAAAGAUUCUCUCAGCUCAUCUCCUUUUUGGACAAAUUCAGCAUACUGAAUACUCAGUGCGGUUUGAGAAUGCAUAAGAGCACAGAGUCUGCUCUCUUUAGGGUGACAAAUGAUUUGUUCUUGUCUUCAGAUUCAGGAAAUUGCACUCUUUAAUUCUGUAAUUCACUUCCAUUAACACUUUGUUCUCCUGCAUUCCUGCCAAGCUUAGUUUUUUCUUUUCUAACUUUGUAAAUGGCAGUUGAGUUGAGAAUAUUGGGUCAAUAAGGCCCUAUUUUAUUUCCCUAUUAUAUACUUUCUUUGGGGUCUAUUUUCAUAAAAUAUUUGUCCUACCAUUGUUAUGCCAAUGACACCCAUUUGCUUUGAUUCUGCUUUCAGAUUUAAGAAAGAACUCAGUUGUCAGCACUGACCACUUCUAUCUUAGAUCACUUCGGAAUUUCAAAUCAUUCCUGUUUGUUAAAGAUUGGGAGACUAUAGUUCACGCUUUUAUUUCCUCUCGUCUUGAAUACUGCUGUUUUCUCUCUGUAGGAAUCAGUCAGUCAGUCCCAUCUCGCCUGCAGAACGUUCAAAAUGUAGCAGCAAGACUCCUCACUGGGACCAAGAAGAGAGAUCAUAUCUCUCCUCUGCUAGCAUUUCUUCACUGGCAACCAAUAAAAUACAGAACUAAUUUAAGAUUCUUUUACUUGUUUUGAAAUUGUCUUCACUUUAUCGCCAAUCAGCUGCAAUAUAUUUACAAAUGGACUAACCCCAACCAAUCGGACAGCUCCUGGACAGACAUAGAAGAAACAAUAUGUAAAGAAAUCCAUAUCUCAAACUUACCUUUCAUGACCCGCUCAAUUACACACAACAUCCUUGUUUUAAAAACCCUACUAUAGCCACAACUCUGACAGCCUGGUGAAAUUUCACUAAAUAACUCACACCAUAAUCACACCUAACAAACCUGCUCCUAUCUGGAAUAACUCAGCUAUCUUAAUGGACAGAAAACAAUUCAGUUUCACAUCUUGGGUAUAAACAAACAACAAGACAUAAAAUAAACAAUCAACAAUUUAACAGACAUAAAAUAAACUAAACAAACUGUUGACUUAGAACCAUUCAUCUGUACACUAAAUUCUUAAUUUCAACUGAUUUCAGUCAUGCCUUUUUGCCUGUCCACCAUCUCCAAUAAUCCUACAUUCUAUCAUUCACACAUAUACAUAUUUGCCAAUUACCAUCACACACACACACACACACACACACACACACACACACCGCCCUCCCUCGAUCCCACUCUGACAUUCCUCCUUCUCUACAAUUCCUAUUUUUCUCUUUCCAAUCGUUGUUGUUGUCAAUAUUCGUAUUAUUGAUCUUAGCAGUUAAUAUUAUAAUUACUGUCACUCUAUUAUUAUUAACUUUAAUACUGUUAUUGCUAUAGCAGUAUUAAUGUAUUAAUUAAAAAUCUUUUUAUAUUUUUUUAUAUUUUUUCUACACUUCACUGUGAUUCCUACGCACCAGGCAAAUUCUUUGUAUGUGAAAUCUUACUUGACAAUAAACCUGAUUCUGAUUCUU